AUGAAGAUGGAUGAAAGUGGAGAACACAGGAAGUUGCAACUACAAGAGUUAGAGGAAAUUCGCAAUGAUGCCUAUGAAAAUGCAAGAAUUUACAAAGAGAAAACGAAGGCUUUUCAUGACAAGAUGAUUUCUAGGAAAAAGUUUAAAGUUGAUCAAAAAGUCCUUCUAUACCCAUCUCGGCUUCGUCUAUUUCCUUGUAAGUUGCGUUCUCGUUGGAUUGGACAUUUUAUUGUUACUAAUAUUUUUCCUUAUAGUGUAGUUGAAAUUCAAAGCUUAGCAACUUCCAAGAUAUUCAAGGUGAAUGGCCAUAAGCCUAAGCUUUUUUAUGAAGGUUUCCAAGUAGAGAAUGUGACAGAAGUGAACCUCCAAGAUCCAAUUUAUUCCGAUUGA